AUGGCAGCCUACCUCCACAAAGAGUGCAAGUUGAGGCUGUUCUGUACGGACAUUCCACCCACCAGCAUCAUCAUCACCUUCCACAAUGAGGCCCGCUCCACCCUGCUCAGAACUAUCCGCAGCAUAUUAAACCGCACCCCUAUGCAUCUGAUCCAGGAAAUCAUAUUAGUGGACGACUUCAGCAAUGACCCUGAUGAUUGCAAACUUCUGAUCAACCUGCCCAAGGUGAAAUGCCUACGAAACACUGAGCGGCAAGGUCUGGUCCGGUCCCGGAUUCGGGGUGCUAGCAUUGCCCAAGGCUACACGCUGACGUUCCUGGACAGCCACUGCGAGGUGAACAAGGACUGGCUGCAGCCCCUGCUGCACAGAGUCAACGAGGACUCCACACGGGUUGUGUGUCCUGUGAUCGACAUCAUCCACCUGGACACGUUUAACUACAUCGAAUCUGCCUCGGAGCUGAGAGGGGGGUUUGAUUGGAGCCUCCACUUCCAAUGGGAGCAGCUCACCCCAAAACAGAAAGCUCAGCGCCUGGACAUCACUGAUCCCAUUCGGACACCGAUCAUAAGCGGAGGGCUGUUCGUGAUCCAGAAGUCUUGGUUCAACCACCUGGGGAAAUAUGACACAGAAAUGGACAUCUGGGGUGGCGAGAACUUUGAAAUCUCUUUCCGAGUGUGGAUGUGUGGCGGCAGCCUGGAGAUCAUUCCCUGCAGCCGAGUCGGGCAUGUCUUCCGAAAGAAGCACCCGUAUGUCUUCCCGGAUGGAAAUGCCAACACUUACAUAAAGAACACCAAGCGGACAGCCGAAGUCUGGAUGGAUGAGUAUAAACAGUACUAUUAUGCUGCGCAGCCGUUCGCCCUGGACAGGCCCUUUGGGAACAUUGAGAGCAGAGUGAAGCUAAGGAAGAAUUUGCACUGUGAGAGCUUCAAGUGGUAUCUGGAGAAAGUCUACCCCGAGCUCAGGAUCCCCAAGGACGCCUCCAUCCAGAAGGGCAAGAUCCGGCAGAGGCAGAAGUGCCUGGAGACGAAAAAGGAGACCAACCACGAGAUCCCCAAGCUAACGCUGAGCCCCUGCAUCAAGCCCAAAGGGGAGGAUGCCAGUGCGCAGCAGUGGACCAUGACCGGCUCCCGCAUCGAGCACGUCGCCUCUCAUCUCUGCCUGGACAUGGACAUGUUUGGUGAGGGUGCCGAGGUGGACAGGGAGAUCGUCGUCAACCCCUGUGAGUCCUCCCUGAUGAGCCAACACUGGGACAUAGUGAGCUCCUGA